AUGGGUGAGGGCACACUGGCUGGUGGGAAGGUGGGUGAGGGCACACUGGCUGGUGGGAACAUACAUUGUUCUCAUGUUCCCACACGGCAGCAUGACCACGUCCUAGAGAUCAGAGGUCCUCGCUCGCUUACCCACGUCACAGCCCCGACGCCGUAUGAGCAUCAGAGAGAAAGCCUCAGCUAUGUGAAGGAGGAGGAGGGUGUAGUGGUGGGCGUGCAGUACCUGAAACUGCACGGCAACAAGACCUGGAUGCUGCAGCAGCGCCCCCUGGUGGAGCUGCACCAAGUGGAGAGACUCUGUAGAGGAGGCGAUCUCAGGACGAACUUAGUGAUAUCUGAGCUUCAGUGCCGUUACAUGAGCAGUGGCAGCCCCUGGCUUCUUCUGGCACCCUUCAAGGUAGAGCAGGUCUCCCUCGACCCCUACAUCGUUCUCAUCUACGAGGUCAUCAACCCGGGGGAGAUCGAGCAGGUCAAGGAAAGGGCGAGCAGGCACCUUCACGCUUCACACAACGUCUUGAAGGAUUUCAAUCAUAGUGCUUCCAGGAGUCCCUGGUCACUCAAACAAGACAUAUACGGUGUAUAUGUGGCAGAGUAUGGGCUGGGAGGGAGCUACGAGGCCCAUAGAGACACCUACGGCCCGGUCAGAAGCCCUCCCGACCUACACGUCGGGGAGAGGAUGGCCAGUGUGCUAACUUUCCUGCAGGCGCCCACGGCAGGUGGGCGGACAGUGUUUCCGUGGGUGGGCGUGGGCGUGGGCGUGGUGGAGAGGGCGGCACUGCUCUGGUGGAAUCUACUGUCUGCAUCGAAACAUGACUUCCUUACCCGUCACGCUACCUGUCCUGUCCUUCAUGGUAGCUUGCGAGUUGUGAAGAAGUGGGUGGGUUAUACUGCCCAGUGGCAGACUCAGCCGUGUGGCACUGAUCCCUCCAGGAAGAUCAUGAUCCCUAGCCACUAGUGCCCGGCUCCGGCUGGGUUAUAAGUAUUUUUGGGAGGUUAAAUCACCAAAAUCAGAUGUAGACUAAGACUAAAUGUAAAUUUUACCAGAUUGACAAUUAUCACACCUUGCUUCAUUAUGUAUUGGAAUGCGAUAAAAUUAAUGAAUUCAGAGACAACUCCGAAAUGUUCGAGAAAUGUCAAAGUAUUUUAUCUACAGUGGUAUAUUACAAACCAUUCUGGAAAAAGUACCCUGACUUUGCCCACUGUAAAUAACGCAUUAUCACUUACUUUUUUUUUCUCCUGUGUGACGUAAUUCAUGUCUGUAUAAAUAACUUAUUACGAUUGGGACCGGAUAUAAACAUGUAAA